AUCAUUCCGCGGCCGUCCGCCCGCCCGCCCCGCGCCGCACUGGGCAUGCUCAGUGGCGCGCCGCCCAGGCAGGGCUUCCCCGCGCCCGGGACACGCGCGCCGCACUCCCCGCCCGGGCGUCCGCCCCCUGCUCCCUGAGACCUGCGCUCUUCCGGGACCCCGGAUCCCCCGGCCGCUCGCCGAGUUCGGAGCCACCUUCUGGGGGAGAUAUGCAAAUGAUGACCAGGAACGUUCUGCUAGACAUGGACCAAGAGGAGGAGGAUGACGAGGAGGAUGGAGACAUCGGUGAUGUUCCAGCCUCCGGGAGGCCUUUUCUGACUCCUGCUAGUGUCCUCCCAUCCAUGCUGGUGUUGGAAAACUUGGACCAGACAAUUCUCUCUAAUUGCGGGUCACUAGAAGAACAGCAGGAUUUCCAAGUCCCGGAGUUUGAGGAAUUUAAUGGAAAAGCUGACUCCCUGUAUUUUAACGACGGCCAGCGAAGAAUCGACUUUGUUCUAGUGUAUGAAGAUGAAAGUAGAAAAGAGACCAAUAAAAAGGGCACAAAUGAAAAACAACGGAGAAAAAGACAAGCAUAUGAAUCUAACCUCAUCUGCAAAGGGCUGGAGCUAGAAGCAACAAGAUCAGUCGUGGAUAAUAAGCUUGUUUUUGUAAAAGUACAUGCGCCUUGGGAAGUAUUAUGUACAUACGCUGAGAUAAUGCACAUCAAAUUGCCUUUGAAACCCAAUGAUCUAAAAACCCGGUCUUCAGCCUUCAGCCAUCUCAACUGGUUCACUAAAAUCCUCAGUGUGGAUGAAAAUAUCAUCAAGCCAGAGCAAGAGUUUUUCACUGCCCCAUUUGAAAAGAACCGAAUGAAUGAUUUUUACAUUGUUGAUAAAGACGCCUUCUUCAAUCCAGCCACCAGGAGCCGCAUUGUUUACUUCAUCUUGUCUCGGGUCAAGUAUCAAGUGGUAAACAAUGUGAGCAAAUUUGGGAUUAACAGACUUGUAAGUUCUGGAAUCUACAAGGCAGCGUUCCCUCUCCAUGAUUGCAAAUUUGGCCAACCGUCAGAGGAUCCCAGCUGUCCUAAUGAACGAUACCUUCUGUACAGGGAAUGGGCUCAUCCACGGAGCAUAUACAAAAAGCAGCCCUUGGAUCUUAUCAGGAAAUAUUACGGAGAGAAGAUCGGAAUCUAUUUUGCUUGGCUGGGCUAUUACACACAGAUGCUCCUCCUGGCAGCUGUAGUGGGGGUGGCCUGCUUUCUCUACGGAUAUUUCAGUCAAGAGAACUGUACAUGGAGCAAAGAAGUUUGUAAUCCUGAUAUUGGUGGCAAUAUCAUAAUGUGUCCUCAGUGUGAUAAGCUUUGUCCAUUCUGGAGACUCAAUAUUACCUGCGAGUCCUCAAAGAAAUUGUGCAUCUUUGACAGUUUUGGAACUCUAGUCUUUGCGGUAUUUAUGGGAAUAUGGGUUACUUUGUUUUUGGAGUUCUGGAAGCGUCGCCAGGCAGAGCUGGAGUAUGAAUGGGAUACUGUUGAGUUUCAGCAGGAAGAACAAGCCCGACCAGAAUAUGAAGCACAGUGUACACAUACAGUGAUAAAUGAGAUUACUCAGGAGGAAGAGCGCAUCCCCUUCACCGCCUGUGGGAAGUGCAUCCGGAUGACCCUCUGUGCCAGUGCCGUCUUUUUCUGGAUCCUGUUGAUCAUUGCUUCAGUUAUCGGCAUCAUCGUUUACAGGCUCUCGGUGUUCAUUGUAUUUUCCACUACCCUUCCCAAAAGCAUCGACGAGACAGACCCAAUCCAGAAGUAUCUGACCCCGCAGAUGGCCACGUCCAUCACUGCGUCCAUCAUCAGCUUUAUCAUUAUCAUGAUUCUGAACACUUUCUAUGAAAAAGUGGCCAUCAUGAUCACUAACUUCGAACUCCCAAGGACCCAGACUGAUUAUGAAAACAGCCUAACUAUGAAGAUGUUCUUAUUCCAGUUUGUCAACUACUAUUCAUCCUGCUUCUACAUAGCAUUUUUUAAGGGCAAAUUUGUAGGCUAUCCAGGAGACCCGGUAUAUUGGCUGGGGAAAUACAGAAAUGAAGAGUGUGACCCGGGUGGCUGCCUCCUUGAACUGACGACUCAGCUGACAAUAAUCAUGGGAGGAAAAGCAAUCUGGAAUAACAUCCAAGAAGUAUUACUUCCCUGGAUCAUGAAUCUAAUCGGACGCUAUCGCAGAGUUUCCGGAUCAGAAAACAUAAGGCCACGGUGGGAGCAGGAUUACCAUCUGCAGCCCAUGGGCAAGCUGGGGUUAUUUUAUGAGUAUCUGGAAAUGAUUAUUCAGUUUGGGUUCGUCACCCUAUUUGUGGCCUCUUUUCCACUGGCUCCUCUGUUGGCUCUGGUGAACAAUAUAUUGGAAGUAAGAGUGGACGGAUGGAAACUGACCACCCAGUAUAGACGCAUGGUGCCAGAAAAAGCCAAAGACAUCGGUGCAUGGCAGCCCAUCAUGCAAGGAAUAGCAGUUCUGGCUGUGGUGACCAAUGCCAUGAUCAUUGCCUUCACAUCAGACAUGAUCCCCCGUCUGGUGUAUUACUGGUCCUUCUCCGUCCCUCCCUACGGAGACCACACUCACCACACAAUGGAAGGCUACAUCAACAAUACUCUGUCCAUCUUCAACGUCUCAGACUUCAAAGACAUAAGCAAGGCAGACUCAGACUCUGGGCUUGGUAACUAUACCACAUGCAGGUAUCGUGAUUUCAGAAAUCCACCUGGACACCCACAAGAAUACAAACACAAUAUCUACUAUUGGCAUGUGGUUGCUGCCAAGCUGGCUUUUGUCAUUGUCAUGGAGCACAUCAUCUACUCUGUGAAGUUUGUCAUUUCUUACACAAUUCCAGAUGUCUCAAAAAGCACGGAGAGCAAGAUCAAGAGAGAAAAAUACUUAACCCAGAAGCUGCUUCAUGAGAAUCACAUGACAAAAAACAUGGGCAUCAUGAUUCAGAAGGUGGCUGAAGUGGUAGAUAACAAUCGUCGACCAAAGUCCGAAUGAGAAGUGCUCUUACGUUCUGAGAAGUGCUUUAACGAAUUCAGUUCUGUCAAAAUAUGUUACGAACUGCUAAUGAGAAUGUUUAAAUGAAAUCAUGCUGGCAAAUGUGAGUCUUAAAUGUUGUCAUUUAUGCAUUUGUCAGUUUCAGCUAUUGGUGCAGGAAUUGCAAAAUGUAAGAGAUCAAGGAACGCCAUAAAACUUCCCACCUGGAAAGCCUGAUGCUACCCUUUUCUGAUAAAUUGGAAUUCUAGUAACACAGGAAAAGUCUUUUUACUGUGCUGAAAAACCACCUUUUCUAAAGCAGAGCACAUUUUUUUCCUCUUAAAUUACUCUGUUCCUUUUUGUUCUCAAGUAUGAUUUCCUUUAUUUUUAGGUAAUGUUUCAUUUCUUCAUCUUACCAAAUCUGUUCCAGAGUUGAAAAGUAUUACUGUACCAUUAUUCGAGACUAAAUGUGCUACCAUCUUAGUAGCUCUUACGUGAUUAAAAAAUAGCUAACUCAGAAUUGAGUUUGAGUGCUCUGUUAAGUGGCAAAUAGAUUCAAGAAUUCACAAUAUUUAGGCAUAUUAUCGUAUCCGCACAGAAAGCCCUAAUUUAGUAAGAAAUAGUUUCAGUCUAGCCUCUUUUCCAUCUCAGAGAAAUAUCCUUAAUGGAUUGGAAUAAGGAUAGCAAGCUCUUGAAGCAUGUUUGCAAUAAUCCACAGUGACACCUUUUAUCUUCUAGGAGCAUUCCUAGAAUGUUCUGUGCCUAAUCAGUGUUGACUACUUUGUAGACCUCAAGGAAAUAAGAUGACAAAAAGUAGGGAAAAUUACAGAAUUAUAACUCUCAUUGAUCUGGAUAAUUCAUUUACCUCUUCUAAAGAUCCGUAGUUUCUUGGAGGAAAAAAAUGAUUACUGAAUGAUUGAAAUUACAUUUUUAUCAACAUAAUGGUCUAGAAAAGGUAAGCCCCUCGGUUUCCCAUCAGUUGAUUUUUACUAAAUCCAGGAGGUGCUUUAUCACAGACUACCAAGCGCCUUAGUGAGUGGCUCGCACUGUUGGCCUUGUGGCAUUAUGAUGCUGUGCAGUCAGGGAGACAGCAGAUGCCCUAAUUGGGAGCCACACUCUUGUGGACCUCGUGUGGGGGGACUCCUGCGUGACUUUGUUGCUGUAUGCUCCAGUGAUAAAUAUACCAAAGCGCCUGCCAUAUGGUGAAUGUGGCUUCCUAACCUUCCGUCCUCUUAUUCUGGGCCCAGUUGCUUGGUGGUAAUUAAAUGCUUGCACUAGGAAUAUUGCUCAUCAUGGAAGACUGAACUGGACUUGAAUGUCCAGCCUUUCCUAAGUAAGGCUCAUCAGGUCAUUAAGGGCAACAGGAGAAAGUUUUGGUGGCAGACUCCAAUGUCGUUUACAGGUCGCUUUUUGCUGACCUCUGCACCACCGUGCGUCUUUCCCUCAGUCUACUCAGCCUAGCAGCUUGCUGAGCGUUACUGCCUGUUAAGUGUCAGCAGGGCCUGCACCUCUCUCUAGGCAGUGCUGGGUGGAGGGGGAGGUGGCUCACAUCAUGUUUGUGGAUGGGCCCCUCUCCCCUUUGGGGUGCUGUUAAAUCCUCAGGUGCCCCAGGAGUCAGUCUAUCCAGAAUCCAGGAGCAGUGUGAACAUAAUUUCAGUGACCACACUCUGAAGGCUUGUACAAUAAUAAAGUGGCUGAACUCCAGAUCACAACUCCAAGUACCUUCCCUGUUUUCAGUUUCUUAAAAAGUGUAUAUAUGCCAUCUGCAUAAUGUAUAUAAUUCAUCAGGCAGUAUUCUGUGCUUUUAAAUUGUCCCAUUGGAUCAGGGACAACUUUUCAUUACCUUUCUUGAUAAUGUAUGUUAACAGAAUGGCCAGGAUGCCCAGCACAGGCCAGGAAGGAGCAUCUUCCCCGCAGAGGGAACUGUGUUUUGUUUCCACACGUCCUAGAUGGGGCACCACUGUGCCCUUGCCUACCCUCCCUGAGACAGCUCCUGGAGUGGUGUGUCACUUUUUCUCUUAUUACCUCUUCUAUUUUCUAAAGUGUGUGUGACUAUCUCCUAGUGUUAGAUUCGGCAGUUUCUGUCAUCAUAGAAAACAAAAUGUUUGUACCUUAUCUCUCUGUAUAUAGGAUAGAUUUUCAAAAGAAAUAUGCAUUUAUGUGCUCUUAACCCAGCUAAGAGAUUACUCUUCAUAGUUGAAAAUGUGCUGCUGUGGACAGGAGGAAAAAAAAACCCCAAAAAACUCUACAUUUCAAAAGGCAGCAAAGGUGAUACCUAACACUGCCAGCUGCCCCAGAAAGCUAAGUUGCCAUGGAGACCUCCACCCCGCCCCGCUGCCACUGCCACCACCAUUCCCUCAUUGGUGUUCAUGUGAGUGUGGUGUAGGUGGUGGGGAAAGAGGGGGCGCUGUGCCUGUGGGCUGGGGGCUGCAUCUGCAGAGGAGCGGAGGCAGCUGCUCACCCCCCAAAACCAAACAGCAAGGUAGUGAGCCUGUGAGGGAGGACCUGGUCCUCACCCUGUCCGGUGUUAACCACUAGAGAAAUUUUAGCUUUACAGCCUUUUGUAAUACCUGUGAAUUUCAGUGGAUUGAAGCAUUAGGCCAAAUACUCAGGGUUUUGUUAUUUUUCUUUAAACAUCCCUCACAUGUUCUAAAUAGUUCAUUAGAAAUGGAAAGCCAUUAUUUUUGUUGUAAAACUAAACUAGGCAAUCUUGUAAAAUGUCACACCAAACUCUUUGUAUUGCACAUGUAUCUUGAAUUUCACAGAACAUUAAUUCACAAUAGGGGGCAGAAAGUGAUCUGUUGGUGAAACACAUCUUAUACUCUUUUCUUACGUUAUAAUGUGUUUGAAAAGUUAAUGUGUGAGCAAAACUGAAAUAUUCAUUAUGCUUUUCAUAUACUGUGGCCUAAGAUGUAAAAUUUGUAAUUAAUGUGUUAAUUUCUAUGCAUUUAAUAUUCUUUAUAAUUAUGAGCAUUUUAAUAAAUUCACUUUUACAACAAUAA